CACUAAGCGCCAUUCAGAAAGCUACACACACAUUUACUCAAGAGGAGGCAGCAUCUUUUUCGCUGUGUCUUCCUCCACCAUUGCCAACCCAAAAGUAACUUUGCGUAUAAAGAAGCUUAAACAAUGAAUAAUGGCGACAAAAGCCUGCUCUGGCCUUGUAAACUUUCUAUCUAAUUUUGUUUUAACCCCUGCAAUCAAGGGCACGCUAGCCAUUUCAGUCAAACACCCUUUCUGGAUACAGAGCUAUAGAGAGAGACUCCAAUAUUGAUGAAUAUUUCCCGUGGCUGUGAUCGGAAAAUGAAGCGACCACUUCACGCCGACAACCUCUCCGGCGACGAGAUAACAAAGAAACCGAAGCUCGUAGAAGAAGAAGAAGAAGAAGAGAGUGCGUUGGUGAAUCUAGACGACGAUUUACUCUUCGAGGUAAUGAAGCACGUGGACGCGCGCACGCUGGCCACGGCGGCGUGCGUUAGCAAGCGGUGGAGGAACACGGCGCACGACGAGAGGCUCUGGGAGAUGCUCUGCACGCGCCACUGGGCUAACAUCGGGUGCGCCAGCGAUCAGCUACGCUCGGUGGUCCUCGCCCUCGGAGGCUUCCGUCGGCUCCACGCGUCCUUUCUCUGGCCGCUCCUCAAGACCAAGACGACGUCGUCGUCGCACUCUCUCUCCACGACUUCGUUUCCGCCGCCGAAGAAGGGGUGUAGGCGUUGGGGCAAAGACGAGGUUCAUCUCUCGCUGUCGCUGCUUUCCAUUCGGUACUAUGAGAAGAUGGAUUUCAGUUACAAAGGUUGUCCGAAUAGAAAAUGUUAAGUACAUAUCUAAGAUUCAAUUUUUCAUUUUGUUUUUGUUAAUUCUUGGAUUUCUGUUUCAAUUUUUAUGUUCUUUAAUUCCCA